AUGUCAUCUGGCGUGACGGUCGAACCAUGCGAUCGUCGCAAUCUCAACGGCGAAGUCGCCGCCAAAAUGACCCCAGCACGUCGACUGAACCAGACGUUUCAAGAGAUAACCGAAGAUGCGAUCGAGCGACCGACCGAGACCGCUGGCGAUAGCCGGCGGGCGACGACUACUCGAGCCGCAACACUGGCCAAGGAACGCGCGAAGCCCAUUGAGGAUGACGAUAAAGGGCUGCUCCUGACGAUGGGCAAGCAGAUAAAAGAGCUACUCGCAGCGAUCAAGAUCAUGUUCGAUGCGUAA